CACCCCCACUCACCCACGCAGGCCACAAUGGAGCACCCGCUUGUGUUUGUUAUAUAUAGGGAGACUUCCCGCAGCGCCCGUUUUCCUAUCGCCACCCCUUAUGGCGGAGAAUUCUACCAGAGCCACCCCAUCAGCCACGGUAGCCGCCGCCUCGAGUUCAAAUUUAGAGACCAGCAAGGCGGAAAGGCACGUCUGGUUGAUGAAAUGCCCUCCUAUCGUCUCCCGUGUCUUACAGCAGCAUCAUUCUACUCCGCCUUCCAUCUCCACCGACAAUAUCUCUCCUUCUGAUCGGCCCGUCGCCAAAGUCAUCGUCGCCGUCGAUCCUCUCCUUCCCAACGAUGACUUCGCUUCCACUCAGUUUACUAUGGAGUUGGCUGGUAGCGAACCUGGAAACAUACCCAAAUGCUAUUCCAUGGGAAUGUCAACAGAAUUUAUCCCAAUGUCCAUAUUUUCUGAAUCAGGGCAGGGAAGGCUUUCUGUGGAAGGGAAAAUCUAUCACAAGUUUGAUAUGAAGCCUCACAAUGAAAACAUUGAAAGCUAUGGGAAACUAUGCCGUGAAAGGACAAACAAAUAUGUAAAAAAAGAUAGACAGAUACAGGUUAUUGACAAUGAUAAUGGAAAGCAUAUGAGGCCCAUGCCAUGGGUUUUUUCUUCAAAGCCUUCAGGAUCUGCAGCAGAAAAGAAGAAGGCGUCUGCAAAAGGAUCAGAGCUGAAGAGAACAAGAAGAGACCGUGGCGAGAUGGAAGAAAUCAUGUUUAAACUGUUUGAGAGGCAACCAAACUGGACACUAAAACAACUGAUUCAAGAGACAGAUCAACCAGAGCAAUUUGUGAAAGACAUGCUGAAACUGCUGUGUGUUUACAACAAUAAAGGGACGAACCAGGGGAGUUACGAGCUCAAGCCGGAGUACAAAAAAUCUGAAGAUUUGGCAGACUAAUGAAUGUGUCAUCUCACCCAUCCUCUCCUCCUCAGAUGAUCAUAGACUUACAGAUUGUUUGGUUUAUUCAUCAACGCAUAACAUUUUUGCAGCUGAAGUUGGAUUGCUUUUGUAAAUAAACUGAAUUCUUGUGAUGACCAGUAAUCACAACAUCAAUCAAUUCAUUUACCUUAUCUGAAGCCUGACAUGGCUGUCUUCUACAAGUGUUGUAAAAAAUGAUGCUUUAUCUAUAUUCCUUGUAAAAUUAGCUGGUCAAGUACACAAAUUUUAAAUGCACUUCUCCGUUAUUAAAAUUCACCUGUUUUU